UCAAAAUGGCGGCAUACACACAGAAUUUUGUUUUGAUCGGGCUGUUAAAUAUUUUACUGCUAUAUCAGGCCCUUUGCCUGACAGGUUCUUCAGCACAAGUCUAUAGAAAACACAAGCAUAAAGAUGGGGAUAUAGACACAGCUUCUCUCACAGUUCUUAAUCAACCUGCAGGCAUUAAGAUACAGGUUCUGCUGCAGUCUGCCGAGUGCCAUACAUGUUUUCUUCAACCGGUCAGAAAUAUCUCACCAGGGAGCAAUUACACACUGUAUAUUGACACCCGUUGGCCGAUUCGCUUGGCGGUGAAUGAUCCAGAUAACAUGGACACGUACUGUGCUGAGAAUGAACUAUCACAACAUUUCCAGGAACAUGGAGAGUACAAAUUAUGGGUGAUCAGUAACAGUUCUAAUAGUGUCAUUUGUACAGGACCCAUCCUUGUUAACGAUCCCAUGGAUAGUAAUAUACCAAUCUACGUAGCCCUAGCUAUACUAACAGUUCUGGCCUCAAGCUGGAUUCUGCUGAAAUACCUUCACAGGAAGCACUACUUGUACAAGCUGUUGUGCUGUUUUGGAACGGAGAGACUCCUCGAUCCGGUAGGAAUGCGUACUGACCUGGGUAUACCACCGAGUAUAAACCCUGGGGAAGACGGAGGGGGAGAUGACUUCGCUGAUAAGUCCAAGUCCAGUAGCAGACUCAAGUCACUCGACACAUUCAGAGGCAUCUCCAUAACUAUAAUGGUAUUUGUCAAUUAUGGAGGAGGAGGUUACUGGUUUUUUCGUCAUUCUAAAUGGAAUGGUUUGACAGUUGCAGACCUGGUAUUUCCGUGGUUUGUGUUUAUAAUGGGAACAGCCUUGGCCAUUUCUAUGCGCUCUCAGCUGAGGAAGGGAACAUCCAAACGACACAUCUGCUUUCGAAUCAUCAAGCGUUCCAUCAUCUUAUUUAUCCUGGGGCUUCUAACAAACACCGGGCCUAACAAUGAUGACUUGGCUACCUUACGAAUCCCUGGCGUGUUACAGAGGUUUGCUGUCACCUACCUGAUCGUCUCAUUAACACACUUGGUUUGUGCCAAGGGAGCGCAAAGUUACUGGGUCAACUGGCUGGGAAAGGUUCAGGAUAUCACAGACUACUGGCUAGAAUGGAUUGUCCAAUUCAUGUUUGUAGGGACUUACUUGGGAUUGACCUUUGGCCUUCCUGUUCCUGGAUGUCCCACGGGAUAUUUGGGAGCAGGAGGACUGAGUGAUGGGGGAGAGUAUGAGAACUGCACGGGCGGGGCAGCUGGCUAUAUCGACAAGUGGAUCUUCUCAGAAAAGCAUAUUUACCAGAGACCAACUUGUCAGGAGGUGUAUAACACAGGUCCGUAUGACCCAGAGGGCACACUUGGCACGUUAAACUCUUUCCUUAUGUGCUUCUUAGGUCUACAGGCUGGAAAGAUAAUACUAAUUUUUAAAGAUUAUACCCAGAUAGUAAAACGCUUCCUGAUAUGGUCCGUGUUACUGAUGGCUAUAGCUGCUGUUUUAUGUAAAGUUUCCAAAGAUGACGGCUGGAUCCCAAUUAACAAGAAUUUGUGGUCCCUGUCUUUUGUGCUGCUGUUGGCUGGUUUUGCCUUUUUCCUCCUGACCAUGUGUUACCUCACCAUAGAUGUGUGGAAGAUCUGGUCUGGAGCUCCAUUCUUCUACCCAGGAAUGAAUUCAAUUAUGAUCUAUCUUGGACAUGAACUGUUGAAAUAUCAUUUCCCUGUGAACUUCAAAGUGCCUCGAGAACAUGCACAGAUGACAGUAAUGGCAUUUUGGGGAACAACUGUCUUUGUUGUACUCUCAUAUGUCAUGUACAGAAAGAAGCUUUUCCUGUCCAUAUAGGGGUUUGCCAUCAGCAAUCAAAACACCAAGGCCAAAGAGGAUUAAUCUUGCACAAAGUCGUAAACCAGGGCAAUUUAUUGUAUACAUUUGUCAAUUGCCAUUUUGCAUGUGUUUAAAUUAGUGCUGCAGCAGCUGACCAAUGUGAUCACUUUGCACUUUAAGGCUAUAAGGUAUUAAACUGGGCUCACAUUUAUCAAACGUUUGAAGACUUAACUGAAAAAUUUAAAACACAGCUACAGUUAAAAUGUACCGGCCCUGAUGGAUCUGUUGGUAGAGUGCCGCUUUGUUGGGACGGUAGAUCCAUUGUCAGACCUGGGUCAGGCCACACCUACGUCCUUAAAACAUAGGAAGUUGUAGCUUCUUCAUUUUUGCGUUCAACACUUAGGGAAUAGUGCAACAACUGGUUGACCCGUAUCAGUAUAAUGGCACGGGCGGAGCACCUUACUUGCCUUCUGUACAUCGUCUCAGAGAAGCAGCAUGAGAUAUAAGAUUUGUGGAAAUCUGUCCUGCAACAAGAAGGCACAUUACAUGCAGUCUAAGGACUCUUUAGUCGUCAUAUGACUGAAAAAUUGUGAAGUGUGACGUUAAACCCUAAGCACUCAUUCACUCACUCCAUGAAGUUCAAACCUUGUGCACUGAUUUUUACUGCAGAACACAAUAUGCUAACUACAAUUUGAAUUCUUUCCUUUUCUGAAUUUGCCUUUUUAGGGACUUACAAUUUGUGACUUAAGUCGUAAGUGGCUUGAUAAAUAUGAACACAGGAGACAAUCCUAGGAGGAUUGUCAACAGAGGAGCUUGAGAGAAAUGUGUUAAAAAUCGUGUAAAAUAAUUUCUGGACUGUGAUCAAACUUGGUUAGGACAAAGUUCUGUGGGCAACUUACUUGUUGUACAAUGUUUACCAAGUUCACGUCUGAUGUACAUCAAAAGUACAUUUACUACAAUAUGAUGUAAUGUCAAAACAUAUGUAAUAUCAUUACAAAAAUUGUUAAUAUUGAACUUUUUCAAAAAGAAAAUUACAAAAAUUGAAGUAAAACUUUUGAAUAAUAAAACAUGCAGCACAUUAUGUUGUACACCUAACUGUA